GCCGCGCCGCGCCCCCCCGCCUCCUCCCCGCCCGCCUCCGCCUCCGCGCCCUCCUCCCUGCCCGCGGGGCACGGGAGCCGGUGACGGGAGCGAGGCGGAGUCUGGAGGGAAGAUACCGAGAGAUAGAGAUUUAAAUCACAUCCCCGGCUGUAGAAGGGCAGCAGCAGCAGCAGCCCCGGCGCAGAGGCACGGACGCAAGCACCGAGGACAGGUCUGCCGGCUCCGCCGCUGCUGCUGCUGCUCGCCAUGGGUGCCGCCGCCGCCGAGCCCCCCCGCGCCGCGGGCCUGGUGUCCAGCGUGCUGAACGACACCCUCGAGUUCUACCGCUGGACCUGGAGCAUCCGAGACAAACGUGUCGAUGAUUGGCCCUUGAUGCAGUCUCCAUUUCCAACACUGACAAUAAGCACUAUUUAUCUCCUCACUGUUUGGCUGGGCCCCAAAUGGAUGAAGACAAGAGAGCCCUUCCAGUUACGUUUCCUGUUGGUUGUUUACAACUUUGGAAUGGUUCUACUCAACUUCUUCAUUUUCAAAGAGCUGUUUUUGUCGUCAAGAGCUCGAGGGUACAGCUAUGUCUGCCAAACUGUGGAUUAUUCAGAUAACGUUUAUGAAGUUAGGAUAGCUGCUGCUUUAUGGUGGUAUUAUGUCUCCAAAGGAAUUGAAUACCUAGAUACAGUGUUCUUCAUCCUGAGGAAGAAAUUCAACCAAAUUAGUUUUCUUCAUGUCUAUCACCAUUUCACCAUGUUCACUUUGUGGUGGAUUGGUAUUAAGUGGGUUGCAGGUGGACAAGCUUUUUUUGGAGCUCAGAUGAAUUCAUUUAUUCAUGUUAUUAUGUACAUGUAUUAUGGAUUAGCUGCCUGUGGCCCUAAAGUUCAGAAAUAUCUGUGGUGGAAGCGAUACUUGACUAUAUUGCAAUUGGUGCAGUUCCAUGUGACUAUUGGCCACACAGCCUUGUCUAUUUAUAUUGAUUGUCCUUUCCCUAAAUGGAUGCACUGGGGUGUAAUUUUCUAUGCUGUCACCUUCAUUUUCUUGUUUGGUAACUUCUACUAUCGGACUUAUAAGCUGCCCAAGGAACCUGUAAAGAAUGGCAAAGUAGCAAAUGGUGCUGUUGCAAACGGAGUAAGCAAAUCAGAAAAUAAUCCAGUGGUGGAAAAUGGAAAAAAGCAGAAAAAGGGAAAAGCAAAAGGAGAGUAACUUGAUCCAGGCCUUAACCAUUGCUGGCAGUGAGGAACCUACAGUUUGGUUUAUAAAAGGAAGAAAAAAACACUAUCUGUACCAAUUAACCUUAGGUUACUGAAGAGCUAGAACACAGAUAUUUUCAUUAUUUAUGAAGAUUGUUUUAAGAACAAAACUUAAAGUUGAAUUUCUAUUGUAAUUAUGUAAUUAUCAUGCAUAUGGUCUCUGUGUAAACUUGUAGACUGCUGGUGUUGGUGAAUGUAAGGAAGAAUUGCAGUUAAUUCCAUGUUUAGCAGUCCAAAAGUUAAAACUACCAUUGACGCAAACAGCUUUGUUGGCACCCACAUUUCUUUGGGGAAGGGAGGGGGGAAGGAAGUAGCGUUUGGAUACUUGUGUUUUCUUUCCAGAAAAUUAUUAAAUUUCAAAUUACAAUGUAUUAUCUAAUCAGAACGCGCAACUUUUCUUGUCCUCCUUGGAGAUUUUCUUCAGAAACAUCAUGUUUAUGUGUUGUCAGAGCAGUGUUUGACUUUUCAGACAUUGCUUGAUUUAAUUUAGUGUCUGUUACAGGUUUGUUUUGUUUUUUUUUUUUGGUUUUUUUUUCCUUGUGUGGAAAUAUACCUACCUCUUCAUCUGCUGAAAAGAAUAUUGAGCAUUAAAUAACUGAUUUCUGAAAUAUGGAGUCCUCUAAUAUAAAUAUCUGUUAACAUCAUUUAGGAGGAAAUUUUUUUCCUUGGGAGUAAAAGAGAUUUUAUUUCCAGGUAUUUUGGGUCAUAUCAUCAAUAUUUUCAUUUAAUGUGAACUUAAAUUUUGGAGUGGUGUUCUUAGCAUGGCUAAAUGAAUUUAAGAAUUUAUAAAUAUGAAACAAUCAUUGUGUGAAGCAGGCAAUCUAAGUAGGCAUGUGGCUUUGUAAUCUGGGACCUACAUUAAACCUGUGGUGCUGAUUGAUGCUGAAACUUGUAAGAUAACGUUAUGAUGGAGAGAAAACAACACUGACAUCUGUUCAGAAGUACAAUGUGUCAUGUCAUGCUAACAGCAGGACAGUUACUUUCUUGGGGGAGAGAGAAUUCAAUUAUAAAGUACUAAAGACAGCAAACACAAUGCUCAAAAUGCUGCUACUGCUUGAUGCCCAUCAAUACUCGAUUUAUUAGACAUUUGCAGGCAAAGUAUCACCAGCAGUCAGGCCACCAUUUUAAUGUGAAAAUCAGAGAUGGGCAUCUGGAAAUCUGGUCCCAAAAUAUUCUUGGUUCUUCUCAACCUGAUUGACAAAGUGAUUCUGCUAAUCAGUUUUUAGUCAUAACUGCUACUACAAGCAGAAGCCUCUUUUAUCAGCUUUUCAUCUUAUUUGAUACGUUAGUGGACUACUUCGUACUUUUGUGAAGUAAAUAUAAAUAUGAGUUACUUCCCUUCCAUGCAAAGUGAAAAUUAAGAGAAAAGUUUUGUGUUGCUGCAGAUGCAGUGAGUGUAACAAGAGUGGAGUUAGAAACCACAUCCUGAACCCUCAGGGUCCAUGUUCAUCACUACAAGAGCUGCAUUGUUGCUGUUGAAAUGCGUUUUCCCCAGCUCUGGUCGGAAACACUCGCUGUCAGUGAUUAACUUACAUGGAAGAAGUGGUGACAUUAUUGCAGGAAAAAGAGUACACACAGCUGUAGGUAUAGAGAGUAAAGCAUGUGGCACAUGUUUAUGCAUCUCAAAUACCCAUUUGCCUGUUGUGACUUGUUUUGCACAAUAUGGGCAUUUUUUCUGUCUUGGGUUUGUCACUUGUCACUAUGAUGAAAACUAUCUAAGCCUAAAAAAUGUGUUGUAGGAAAAAAGGGCUGGUUAUAACCUGUUUUACUGCGAAAUAAUUCCUAAUGCUGGAGUUCAUUCAACUGCUAGAGUGAUUCAUCAGUAAUAUCCACCGUCGUGGAUUUUAUGGCAGAAUAUAGGGUUUGGAGAGAAUGUCUCUGCUGAGCUGUAAUGCAUGUGACCAUUAAUUUUCCUAUCUGUUGUGUCUUGUGAUUCUUCCAGCCUUGUAAUGAUGGGGUUUUUUUUUGGUUUUUUUUUUUUUACUUCUGUGACUCUUAUAUAUUUAUGUAACAUGGCAUGAGGAAGAGGGAAUAUGAUCUAUCCUUCUUUCUUGCACAGAUGCCACUAUGUUUAACAAGCCCAAGUGUUGGCUGGCUGCCUAGCUCUGGAAUGGCUAAUGGAGCAAAUAACUGCAAAGCAAGUUGGACAGCAGAUUUACAGCACACCUGCCAUUCCAGGUUAAUAGCUGGUGUGGGUACUCUUACCCUAGUGUAAAUUCCAGCUAGCUUACUCCACUUUGAUAAAGGGUAGCUUCUUUCUGUUUGACAUGGGAUGUGGGCAGCUAACCUGUAAGUCUGUGUCAUUCCUUGUCUUGCGUUAAAUUGGUUGUUUACUCUGUCUUUCUUUCUGUAAGCCAGAUUGGAUAAACUGAUAGGCUUAAUGUGAUCUGGCUCCAAAAAGAGCAUACUGAGAAAUAUUCUAGUACAGGUUCAACUAUAUCCUUUGCUACACUUUCUGAAGUAAGAAUUAUAUCUUGCAUGUUGGCAAAUAUUUAAAAGAAUUGAAAGUCAAAUCUUCUCUCCCCCUCAGCACGCAUGGAAACUGCUCAAAGUUCAUGACAACUCAAACUUUAUAGGCAGAACUUGGGUAGAAUCCUACCCUCAAAUUCUGGGUCAUUUGUUACCAUUAAAAAAAAAAGAGAGAGGCAAUGCAUUGUGAGAAUGCACGCAGAGAUGCAUGUCAUGUCUGGACACAUGAAUAAAACCAACUUGAGAGAUUAGCGGUUCCAUGGGGAAAAUAAUCACAUUAAGUUUCUGCAAUACUGCUGUUUUGAGUCCAUCUCCUACUACAUUGUUUUCUUAGAUCUAUUUACGUUGUAUUUGAUUACUCAUGGCUUGAGACUCAUUUUGGUCUUGAAUAUAAUGGCCUUACUAAAUGUGCAUUUCUGUAGGCAUGGUCAUGAGUGCAAUACUUCUGUUUCUGACUAUGCAGAUUUCUCUUUCUCAAAAUUUGCAUAUGUGAGAUACUGCCGGUUCUGCUAAAGUCAUCUCUUAGUCCGAGGCUCCACAGAAUUUUGCCACAAAAGUAUGUGUAUGUGUAAAAAUGUUUCCGCUAUACACAGAAUUGAAAUUGAAAUUAUAAUUAUUUGCUAACAGUUCCAAAGCUCUUGGACCAACCAUACAAUUAUGUGAUGCCAUGUAAGUGAUACCAUUUUACUUAUCCUCAUGUCUAGCGGCGACAGAUUGUUGAAUUCUUUUAGCCUUUAGAAUUGUUGGAUUCUUUUAGCACUUUGCUCAGUGUAAAAUAACUAAAACAAAUUCUGUGUGUAUACACAUACACACACACAUAUAGUAUGUAUGUAUACAUGUGUCUGUAUCUAUAUACAUAUACAUGAGUUCUUUGCAGGCUCUUUCAGGGUGUGAAGUAAAUGGUAUUUCUUUGACAUGAAGUUGACAGGAACUAAUAGCAUAGUUCCUACAACUCAAGCACUGAAAUGAAGCAAUUUUCAUUGAUCUAUAGAUCCAAUAUCAGUCUUGUAUCCAUGGAUAGUAUUUGUCAAUCAUUUUAGACAUAGAGCGAUGGACAAGCAAGAGCUAUUUCUCCCAGCUUAAUAAAUUGAGGUAGCAGCUGUAGAUUCAGAGGAGCUGAGGAAUGAUGCUGUCUUCUAGUGGGAAGCAGUGUGAGUAAUCUGCUCCAGGUAAGUCUCUCAAGUCAGUGCAAUCAAAUACUGUAAGAGAACCCUUAAUAAAUAAAUCAAAGUUGAUCUAUAGGUUCAAAAGCAGGGGCUAUUUGAGUAUAUGACCAUUACCUACUGCCAGCUCCAGAUCAAGAGGAAAAGAUGAAGGCAAAAUAAAAAUACUGCACAUUUUUUCAGGUUAAUCUUGUUUCUUUAGAGUAAGCAUUUGACAUCCAGGUGCUGGGGAGACAGGUAAGAAAGGAGUAAAAAGCUGUUGUGCUCUAUGACCUCACUCUUAAAAAUGUUUUUGAGCACACUUGCUGUCCUUUAAAAACCUGAGCAAAAUUGUUUGUGGUGCAUAAGAUUAAGCCUUGCUUCAUGUUAGUAUGGGAUCAGUCAUCAUGUGUAAACAGUAUUUAAAUCAGAUCUGUUUCACUUGAAAUUGAAGAGAAUGGGGAGGUUAUAAAGUAUCUGGAUAGUGCACACAGCUUGAAAGCACAGGCUCUGACAAUUUGGCACUUGAAGCAAGUCGCCACCAAGACAGUUCAGAGUGUUGUGCUCUGACAGGUCUCCCUUUUGCUGGUGUAAGCAGAGCUCUGGAAAUCAGUCAGGGUGGCUCCUAUUUACAUCACCAGAGUGUGUUUAACCCUAAAGAACAGAAAAAAAUACUUGCUUUCUGCCAAUAUCCCGUGAGGAUGAGGGAAAUAUAUGGGUCAGGAUGCUGCUUUUGCAUAAGAUGUUAAUGCUUUUGUAAACAACAAAAAUAAACAUUACUUUUUUUCA